AUGGCGGGUCGUGAUAUAGAACUCGAUUCCAGGCCCGUCGAGCUAUCCUCGGGAACCGACGCCGCAGCCACCGUUAGCGAAAGCUCGCGUGACCACAGCCCGCCGUCGCCCGAAGAUGGGAGGCAGGCGUUCUCGCUGCCGCCCGUCGACGGUGGGAAGGACGCGUGGCUCUUCCUCGCAGCCUGCUUCUCGAUCGAGGCGUUGGUUUGGGGCUUCCCGUUCGCCUUUGGCGUGUUUCAGGACUACUACAGCACUCACGAGCCGUUCGUCGGCUCGUCCAAUAUUGCCGUCAUCGGAACCUGCUCCAUGGGUAUCAUGUACCUGACGUCGCCCCUUAUCAUGGGGCUUAUCCGCCUCUGCGGCCGCUGGGCCCGGUGGGCGCCUCUGUUCGGCUUGUUCAUCAUGUGCAUCUCUCUCGCCAUGAGCUCGUUUUCGUCGAACGUCACGCAUCUCAUCGUCACUCAGGGGGUCUUUUACGCCAUCGGCGGCGGCAUCGCCUACUGUCCUUGCAUAUUGUAUAUGGAUGAGUGGUUCGUGCAGCGUAAAGGUCUGGCCUACGGCAUCAUGUGGUCCGGGACUGGGCUUGCGGGCGUCGUGUUUCCUCUCCUGCUGGAGUUUCUCCUCCACUCGCUCGGGUUCCGUUCGACGCUGCGGCUGUGGUCCGGCGUGCUGUUUGCGCUGACGUUUCCGCUGGCGUGCUACAUAAAGCCGCGUGUGCCUUACUCGGCGACGACGCACGUACGGCCGUUCGAUUCGAAGAUAUUCAUGAUGCCCAGCUUCUGGUUGUACCAACUUGGGAACGUGGUGGAGGCUAUGGGCUUCUUCCUGCCGGGAAUUUAUCUUCCCACGUACGCCCGCAGCACGCUGGGCGCGGAAUCGUACAGUUCGGCGACCACAAUCCUGCUGGUGAACGUGGCGUCCGUAUUUGGUUGCGUGGCCAUGGGGUAUUUAAUUGACCGGCUCGACGUGACGACGUGUAUACUGCUAUCGACGAUUGGCGCAACGAUCGGCGCGCUCGUGAUCUGGGGUCUGUCGUCAUCGCUCCCGCUCCUCUACUUCUUCUGCGUCGUGUACGGGCUGUUUGCUGGGUCGUAUACCUCUGCCUGGCCCGGGAUCAUGAAGGAUGUGGUCGGAAAGGCAGAGGUGGCCGGCCAGGCCUACCUCGACCCUAGCAUGAUCUUUGGGUGGCUUGCAGCCGGCCGGGGGAUCGGCAACGUGGUCUCUGGGCCACUGAGCGACAGCUUGAUCCGAGGUCUGCCGUGGAGAGGCGACACGGCAGCCUACGGCUACGGCAGCGGCUAUGGCGCUCUGAUCGUCUUCACAGGAGUGACGGCGUUCUUGGGCGGCGCGAGCUUCGCCCUCGCCGCAGAGGAGGGGUCCGUCCAGUCAGAAGCCUGGACGCCGUCGCUCCCGGCGUAG